UUAUUGGACAAGAGUUAUCAAGAGUCAGAAGAAGAAUCCAACGAUCCGAAAGAAAUCAACAUUCUUAAGCUCAAAUUCAUUCUUCUUCGUCUCCAAGACAGACCAAACCAAAGACCAGAUCUCAGAUUACAACUUUUCGUCUUCGUACUUUUCUCAUCCCUGUCGUAACUCUCUCUCACACACAGACAAGGUCAAUUUAAUUAAACGACGCCGUUGCUUCUCUCUAGCGUCUCGAUUUUAGGGUUUUGUAAUGGGUCUUGGUAACGAUGAAGAGGAGGAUAAUACCAACACUAAUAAUAACAAGGUGGUGGAUGACGGAGAUGCCGGAGGAGGCAAGUCCUUUGCUUCAGUGCCUUGUUCCAUUUGCCUCGAGGUUGUUGCCGAUAAUGGGGAUAGAUCCUGGGCUAAGCUUCAAUGCGGUCAUCAAUUUCAUCUCGAUUGCAUUGGUUCGGCAUUCAACAUAAAAGGAGCAAUGCAGUGCCCUAAUUGUCGGAAGAUUGAGAAAGGUCAAUGGCUAUAUGCUAAUGGUUGUCGGUCAUAUCCAGAAUUUAGCAUGGAUGAGUGGACGCAUGAUGAGGACCUUUAUGAUCUCAGCUACUCUGAGAUGUCCUUUGGAGUUCAUUGGUGCCCUUUUGGCAACCUGACCCGACUUCCAUCAUCUUUUGAGGAAGGGGAGUUUUCGUCAUCUGCAUAUCAUGAUAUAUUGGGACAACAUGCUAUAUUUGCUGAACAUACAGCUGUGUCAUCUGCCAGUCAUCCUUGCCCAUAUAUUGCCUACUUUGGACCAAUACAUCCAUCCUCCUCAAAUUCAGGUGGAACUGUAUCAGAAGCUGCUAACUUCAACCAUUGGAAUGGAUCAUCUGUGCCCAGUGACAUGCCAACUUCCUACACAUUUCCUGCUGUGGAUCUUCAUUAUCACAGUUGGGAACACCACUCCCCUCCUUUCUCUACAGCAAGUAGUCGUCUAGUUGCUGCUGAUCAACCAUCAGUAUCCCCUGGAAGUCAAAGGCCAGCCAGGGGUGGUUCUGAUGUACCGAGAUCAGGAUCUUUUAUGCAUCCCUUCCUUGUUGGUCACAGUUCUGCUGCCAGAGCGGGGAGCUCAGUUGCUUCCUCAAUGAUCCCUCCUUAUCCUGGUAGCAAUGCUCGGGCCCGUGAUAGAGUUCAGGCUCUUCAGGCAUACUAUCAACCACAGCAACCUCCUAACUCAACCUCAAUGCGGACACCCAUCACCUCUGGCACCCGAAGACCCAGCAGUCAUAGUGGAUCAGCUCAAUUAGCACCUAUAGCCACAUCGCCAGACCAAAAUGGUGGCUUCUUUCUAAUCCCAUCAAGUUCAUCAGGCCGCAAUUUUCAAGAAGAAAACCAUCUACCAAAUCAUUUUCAUGCUUGGGAAAGAGACCACUUGCCUUCGUUAUCAUUGAGCCAUAUCGAUAGAGAUUCAGGUUGGAGAGCAUACCACCAGGCCACCAGCAGGUCAGACCCAGGUACCAGGUCCAGCAGCUUUCGCUCAAGGCAUGGAUCAGACAGAAUGCCUUCACAAAAUCGGUAAUACACAUGUAUCCUGUUCACUGUGAAGCAAAACUACCAUUACUAUGGAAAAGUUAUGUAUGCUUUGAGAAAUGUUACAUAUUGCUUUGGCAGUUGAGCCUUUGGGUCUGUCCUGUGACGACAGACUAUAUAUACUCUGGCUGGUCUUGGAAUUGAUUUUUCCGAUAGCCACCAGUGUGAUGGACAUUUGCUUCCUCUAGUUUAUUUGCAUCGGUGGGCAUAAAAUAAGAUGGUAUAUCUAGUUGGGGAAAUCAGGUUAUGGAAGAAAUACUGGGGCGUUGUGAUGAAUCAAGUGCUGUGGUUGGAUUUGUAGUGGGUCAAGUAUUUAUAUGUUUGAUAACGACGCUCAUGCAAAUGCUGUGUAUUGAGAAUUCGAGUAAUUUUACUUAUACCCCUUGGCGAGAGUGAUUUUUAAACUGUUGUGCAAGAACUGAGCCAAAGUAUGGAACUCGCAUGAUAGAUACCAUACCUCGGAAUAAUCAAAGUUCAAGGCUGGUUUUAAAACAA